CCUUAGGGAGCGACCUCCUCCUCUCCAGCCCUGAAGAGGGAGAAACACUGUGUGUUAGCCGUGGGAACAGAAACAAACCGACGGAGCUAGGCGGCCGUAACGUUAUGUUGAAAGCGUAGCGUUUAGUUAAAAAAAAAAAAACGAUGCGGUUGCGGCGGAGGCUCAAACGGGAUCCAGAGGGACUGGAAGCUGGGAUUCGCCCAUUAUACUGCUGAGAGAGAGAGAGAGGUUUGGUUAGCCUGUUAGCUAACGGACAAAACGGCUAGCCUAGCGAAACUUCGAGCGUAGCCAGGAGAAGGAGGAGGAGAAGGAGGAGGAAUUGCGGUUAGAAUUUGCAAGUCUACCUCAACACUCGUCUUAAUGUUCAGAGUGGGAUUUAUUUAUCUAUAGUCGAAUAGUUGCGAAUAAUUCUCAGCUGAUGGUUGAACGCACCAGUGUGUUUUGUAACUGGUUUAUUUGCUAGCGGUGUUAUUGAUCAGAGCAGCUUGUUAAUCACUCGGGGUCGGCUUUGUGCUUCCAGGCCAUGGACUACUGAACAGCCUGCUUCAACCAGAAGGUAGCUAGCUUCCUGGCUGGCUUGCCCUGGGUGUAAAAAAAAAAAAAAAAAGAGUUUUACUUUUUUUUUUUUGACUGGAAGGAACAAGGAAAACUAACCCAUCCUGCUGGGAUCAUGUUCUGGAUGCUCGGCUCGGUCCCAAAUUGGAUGUGAAGAAGAAAGAAAAAAAAAACACUUCUUUUUUUUACUUUUUGUCGACAUUGACCAGAUAAGCUUAAAAAAAAUUAUAAUGUCUACUGCGAAAGAAAACCCUUGCAGGAAAUUCCAGGCGAAUAUUUUCAACAAGAGUAAAUGUCAGAAUUGCUUCAAGCCGAGAGAGCUGCAUCUGCUGACCGACACAGACCUGAACCAGGCAAAACCAAUCUAUGGAGGCUGGCUGUGCUUGGCUCCAGAGGGAACAGAUUUUGACAAUCCGAUGCAGAGGUCUCGGAAAUGGCAGCGGCGCUUCUUUGUCCUGUACGAACAUGGCUGCUUGCGCUUCGCUCUGGACGAAUCGCCAAGCACACUACCGCAAGGCACUGUCAACAUGAACCUGUGCACGGACGUGAUAGAUGCUGAACCCAAGACCGGCCAGAAGAACACACUGUGUAUCGUCACGCCUGAACAGGAAUACUACAUCCGCGGGGACAACAAGGAAAUUAUCAAUGGGUGGAGCGAGCAGCUUGUUGUUUAUCCGAGGACCAACAAGCAAAAUCAAAAGAAGAAGCGUAAGGUAGAGCCAACAACGUCUCAGGAGCCUGGUCCAGCCAAGGUAGCCGUGACUGGCUCAGGCAUCCCAGAGGCAGAGAAGGUUCCAGACUCGAGCUCAAUCAUAUGGCGGGAGGAGCUGCAGAGCAGAGAAGCAGAGGUGUCUCAGGCAUGGUCCUCAACAGACAUGACACCUCAGGGCUCACUGCCAACCCCUGCAGAGGAAGCAUCCGUGAGCCGUAGUUCAGACCUGGGUUCUGUAAACGGAGAUGAGGUGGACCACAGUCCGUUUUCCUUUUCCCCCUGUAUGUCUCAGCCUCCACAAGACCUGGUUUCGCCGACAGCAGGCUUGCUGGGGGGUGUUCCGCGGUGUCCUUCACCCGCACACAGUGAACCCUUCCCCUCAGGUAGCAGUCUGCUGUCUAACGGCUCACACAUCAGCGGCUCCAUAAGCUCUCUGGACUCAGACGCCAGUACAGACAGCCACGCGCCAUUCCGAGGACGCAACAAGCCUGAGAAACGCCGAGAGAGACAGGACAGAGAAACCGUACUCAGCCCAGAGAGGAGUGGCCGUUCUAACGUGAUCGAGAAGUUGGAGGCCUUGGAGCUGGAAAAUGCAGAAAGGAUGGAGGUCGAAGAGACGGCGCGGAGCGAGGCCAGACAGGGCCGCAGUGAAAUGAGACGCUUCAACAGACAGGAGCAGAAUCUUGACCCAGCACAGGGUCAGGACUUCCACCACUCCACUCUUCCACCGCUGAGAAGAGCCAAGUCACUGGACCGCAGGACAACAGAAUCAGUCAUGACACCAGACCUGCUGAAUUUCAAGAAAGGCUGGAUGGUGAAACUUGAUGAGCAAGGGCAGUGGAAGAAGUAUUGGUUUGUAUUGACGGACCACAGCCUACGAUAUUAUAAGGAUUCAAUUGCCGAGGAGGCAUCAGAUCUAGAUGGAGAAAUUGAUCUCAGCACAUGCUAUAAUGUUACAGAGUACCAAGCCCAACGCAAUUAUGGCUUCCAAAUUCAUACCCAAGAGGGACUGCACACCCUCUCUGCCAUGACAGCCGGAAUACGUCGCAAUUGGAUCCAGGCGGUCAUGAAAAAUGUUCGUCCUUCCACAGCACCCGAUGUUGCAAGCUUGACAGAUGAACAUGGUUCCUUUGUCCCCUUGGAGAGUCUCACAAGACCCGACAUCACUCAGGACUCCCCGUCUUCUGAGGCAUCGUCUGUGGAGCGCGAGCCGAGGAAGAGCCGAGCACGAGAACGACGGCGCGAAGGACGAUCCAAAACAUUCGACUGGGCCGAGUUCAGACCCAUCGCCCAAGCUCUGGCCCAGCAGCGGGCCCGUGAAACCGACGCCCUCCAGGCUCAGCUAGGCGAUGGCGAACGCAGCAAGAGGAGGGAGGAAAGACGUAAGAGGUACGAGUGUGUGACGGGCAGCUUGUUCUUCGAGCCUUCUCCUGACUCUAGCAGGACGGACUCGGAGAGUGCGCAAACAAGCGUGGGCAGCGUCUGUCCGCCCUCGCCGGAGCGUCAGCAGAAAGUGGAGGACGAGAUCGAGCAGCACUGGCAGCAGGUGGAGAAAACUCCAAUCAGAGAUGAGAGGAGAGUACCACUGUCCACGGCACUGAGGACCAGAGAGACAACGGAGCUCGAAAAACUACUAGAAAGCUACAAAAAGGGGGUAGAAGAUCUGAAAGCACAGUUAGUGACAUGCCACCAGCAGCUGGCGGAUUCGAACCAGCACAAGCACGAGCUAGAGAACCAACUCAAGGCUGCUCUGGAUCGAGAACAUCAGAUCCGCGCUGGGUACAUCUCACCGCUGGAGUCACCUUUGAGUCUUGAGACAAAGCCCCAGAUGAAGAAGCCAGAACUGGUUAGUUCUCAAGCUCAGAGCUUAACAAAGAAGUACCAGGAAACCAAAGAGCUUCUCCAGCUGCAAGAACUGAAAAAACGCAACAUGCAGGCACAGCUUGGCCUUUCACUUUCACACUUAUGCACCAAGGAACCUUACCAUUCUGACACCAAAAAAUCAUCCACCUUAGAGAUCCUUUCUUCUAGUCUUGUUGCAAAAUCUGUCACCUUUGUGCUUUUUGAUAAUGAGGGCAAAAUCAGAGAGCUUGAGGAGUUGAUAGAUUGUAGUAAACCAUUGUCAGUUAAGGAACUGACCAAACUGCUGCAGUGUUGCACUGAUUCAGGAACGCCUGAUUUCCCUCAGGACACCCUUGAACACGAUAGACCAAGCGACAUAACGAAAUGUCAAAAACUUUUGGAAAGUCUAAAAAAUCAUCAGGAAGUGGAGAACGAGACAAUGAGGAAAAGCUUGGCCAAGGCCGGGGACAGCAUUCGGGAUUACGAGGCUCGGCUUAUCACAAUGGAAGACAUGUUAGGAAGGGUCCAGAAAACUCCAUUUAUAGCUCCUUGUCAACAGGAUGACUCGGCACAAAUGACAAACCGUGGUCUAUCUCAAAGGGUUGAACUGCUAACGAGUGAGAAUGAUGCACUAAACCAACGUUAUCAGGAAAUUGUCAACCAGCUAAGAGAGGCAGACAAAGAAAUAGACAGACUAAAAGCAGAGCUUCAAAGACUUCAAAGUGGGCAACAGUAUCAGCAAAGCAGAGUAAAUCAAGAUGUGAUUGAGCCAGGAGACAAGGAAGCUUUUAAGAAUUUGCAUGAACAGGAACUCCUUGACAAGCCUCAGAAGCUUGAAGAGGCCCUCAUCAAAUUGGAGCUACUUGGAAAUAAGUUGAGAGAUACAGAAAAGAAGCUGCAGCUCAAAGAGGCUACUCUGCAAGGUCUUGGAUUUCAGCUGCCGGAAAACAAAAAGAAUGAUGAGUCGUCUGAAUUGGAGAAAGAGCACCUCAGACAUCAUGUAGAGGUCAUUGAGUCAAAGCUUUCUGAAAAGGAAAAGUUACUCCAAUCUGUUGAGCAAAUGUGCAGAGAGCUUCAAGCACAAAACAUGGAACUCUGGAUGAAAAAGCAAGAAGCUGAACAGACUUUUGAGGCCAAGGAGGACAUCAGAAUGAUGAAAGGGAAAGGUGUGAAGGAGAUGGAGUCAGAUAAUGAAUGCAGGGUAGACAGUAAGUGCCAAGAGAUGAUGCAGAGUGAUGAAGGUGUGAUACAGGAAGUAUUGGAAGGUUUUAAGAGGAGGUCUAAUGUUCUUAACCAAGUACUAGCCCUGUUGGAGUCCAGUGAGAAUGCAUGUGAUGGAUCGGGCAUUGCUUUUGAGGACGGUAAUGUGGAAAGCAAUGUGACAGGAAAGAUGUUGGCAUUGUUUGAGAAUGAGAUUUUGGGUAGAGUUUUAAGUGCCAUUGAGAAGAGUCAAUUAGGUAAAGGAGAAGGUGAGCAAGAAUUUGUUGUUAAAAAUACAGUAGAACAAUUGCUAGUGGAAAAUGAAAUUCUAUUAUCUAUGAUGAGAAACACUGAGAGCCCAGCAAACACUGAACAUAAAGAAAUUCAGACUGAUGAUUUAGGAGGUAAGAAAAUGAAAAAUGUUAUGAAACAGCUUGUUGAAACUAUGAAAAGUAAAGUAACGCUGUUGAAUCAGAUUGCUUUAACCAUUAACGAGCCAGCAAAUGAACAGAUCAAGUCUUUGGCUUUAAAGAUGUCCAGCUGUGUACCACAAACACGGUGGUCUCGAUUUAUUCAAGAUGCCAUAUUGGAUGUAAUUUGCACAUAUCUUUUAAUACGGCAGAUAUUCCAGACAGAGAAUGAAAUACCCUUGGACACUAAAGUAAGUGCACCUGCUUGCGUUUGCUGUUCUGCGUUAAAGGAGCAAAAUCUUGAUCUUAAAUUAAAACUUGACCAAGUGUCUGCUCAGUCGUCAGGCCUCCAGAAUCCUUUUGCUGAUGACUCAAUGACAGUGACAAGCAUCCAUAUAGAGGGUGAACCCAUUGAUUCUCUGGACAAGGCCAUUCAGUUACAAGACAUGGUAGCGAAACACAAGAAGGAGCUUCGAGAAGUUAGGGAGGCCUAUGAGCGAGAAGUGGCUAACCUGAAAGAGCAAGUGUUAAAGAGUGAGGAAACCCUAAGACUGAGAUCCGAGGAGAAUGUGAAAGAGAUCGACUCUUUGACAAUCUGCAUGGAGAAUCUAAGGAGGAAGCAUGAGAUGGAGCACGAUCUGUUGGUGGAGCGUUUUAACCAGGAAUUGGCCGAGCUUAAUGAUGUGAUGGGGUCUCUUGGAGCAGACCUUCCAGGUGAUGUCCAACCAAAUGCCGCUUUCCUCAAACAGCGCAUCCAGAAGCUAGUGACUGAAGAGAUGAAACGGCGAGAUCGUGAGGACGACACAGUGUUGCUUCGUCUAAAAUACGAGAAAGACCUGGAAAACCUAAAGGCUACAUGUGAAAGAGGCUUUGCUGCCAUGGAGGAGUCGCAUCAGAAGGUAAUAGACGAGCUGCAGAGGAAACACCAGCGGGAACUGGAGAACCUGCAGGAGGAGAAGGAGAGACUGUUGGCUGAGGAGACCGCAGCCACCAUUGCUGCUAUUGAAGCUAUGAAAAACGCGCAUCGGUCCGAGCUGGAAAAAGAACUGGACAAAGCACGUAAAUCCCAUAGUAACACCGAAAACGCAGACAUUGAGGAAAUUCGCAGACAACAUGAGGAGGAGCUGCUGUCAUUUCAGAGGGAAAUCGAAGUGCUGUCGGAGCAGUACUCGCAGAAAUGUCUGGAGAAUGCUCACCUGGCCCAGGCGCUGGAGGCUGAGAGACAGGCCCUACGUCAGUGCCAGAGAGAGAACCAGGAGCUUAAUGCACACAACCAGGAACUGAACAAUCGUCUGGCUGCUGAGAUAACAAAAAUGAGAUCAAUGACCAGUGAGGAAGGGGAAUCUGGAACGGUCAUUCAGGGAAAGGAGCUAUAUGAACUAGAGGUCAUGCUGAGGGUGAAGGAAUCAGAAGUACAGUAUCUGAAGCAGGAGAUCAACUCAUUAAAAGAUGAACUACAAGCUGCCCAAAGAGAUAAAAAGUAUGCAACAGAUAAAUACAAGGACAUCUACACUGAGCUGAGCAUUGUGAAGGCCAAGGCCGAGCGAGACCUGGGACGGCUAAGGGAGCAGUUACAGUUGGCCCAUGAAGCACUGGGAGAGCCCACGCCGGAGGAGGUUCAGCGGGGUGGAUAUGAUAUCAUGAAAUCAAAGAGCAACCCAGACAUUCUGAAGAUGGCUGCCGCAGCUGCAAAACGCUCCGAGCGUACGAUGAGAUCAAAGGAGAAAGCCUGGUAAGUAAUGAGUCUUAAGGAAGGCUUGACCGCUGAGCAAAGACUCCACUUGUUUGACAACAAGGACACGAAGGAGUUCUGAAACUUGAUGCCUCAGUCUGGCUUUGCUGCAUGUUAUAGAGGUCCACCAUAUUUUAUCCCAGUAAUUAAUCACUUAGAAACACACUGGUCACGGCACACAGCAUAUUAUAAACAUGGUAUGAAGUUUGAAUUUUAUGUUUCUAGUCUGCAUUUUGUGCACUUCAGUUACUGUGACUUUUUUGUUUGUAUGUUUUAUUGUCUUAAUGUAAAUAGUUGUUUUUAAUGAAGCAUCUAUCAUUCAUACAUUAAACAUGACUGUGUCGGCUACUGUUUUAACUCUAGUAUGUGUGAAUAGCCAAAGGAUUGAUAAAUAUGAAUUGACUUAAAUUACACUUACUUAAUAAAGAGUAGAAACAAUCAUACCUGCAGACGUGCUUAUUAUGCUAGAUGUGAUGCACAUUCCCUCCAGCUUCCUGUUGAUUCUGGUGAAAUCAGAUGGCUGGCAAAGUGAAACACACAUACACACACACACAAAAAAAAAAAACCCACUACUUGAUACCUGGAAGUGUUGGUUUGUACAUGGAGAUUACUGAAUGUUGACCAGUUAAAGGCAUGACGUUUGUAUCUGGAGGGGCUUUUUUCCUAGUGUAAAGUAUAUAAACAAAUUUAUAUAGGGGGUUUCUUUAUGUAACAUGAUGGUCAAUCCACUGAUUGGGAGUUGUUGUUUUUUUCCCCUUUUUCCUGUCUUGCCCUUCAAGCUGAUAAUGUCUGUAGUGAUGUUCAGUCACAGUCUCUUGUAUUUAUUUAAAUGUCAUGUUUGUUAGUUUUUUUGACUCACAUUUCCAUUCCUCUAUACGUUGCUAUUGUAAAUAUACCACAAAUGUACACCGACUGACAGCAGGUUUAUUAGCAAUAAAUAUUUUUGCACCCUGUA